AUCGGAUAGGAGUUGUCACCUAGACAACCGGCCGUUAUGAUUCCCAAUUGUGAUAUUAAAGGAAGAGAUCCAGUGAAAGAGGAAGGUUGUUGUUAGCGUAGCUCUCUAUGUUUGGACGACUGCAAGCGGUUGCCUAGCUCUAGUAUUAUUAUAGGCUUUAUGUAAAUGCUAAAGGCCAACAGAUAAAAUGUCUUACAAGUCUAAAGGAACAAACAAUGUCGAUGUACAACGAUUUGGAGCCGAUAGUAAAGAUAACGGUCUAGGAUUCUGUGGAUGGAUUCUGACUGUUUUGUCCACUGCUAUUGUUAUCGUAACAUUCCCAUUUUCGCUUUUCUUCUGUAUAAAAGUUGUGCAAGAAUACGAAAGAGCUGUUAUCUUUCGACUGGGACGACUUCUACACGGAGGAUCAAAAGGACCAGGCAUAUUUUUCAUAUUACCCUGUAUAGAAAACUACACAAAGGUUGAUCUGCGAACUUUAACCUUUGACGUGCCACCACAAGAGGUUCUAACGAAAGAUUCGGUGACAGUUUCUGUAGAUGCAGUGGUUUACUAUCAUGUGCAAAAUGCGGUCAUAUCUGUGGCUAAUGUGGAAAAUGCUCAUCACAGCACUCGAUUGCUAGCACAAACAACAUUAAGAAAUAUGUUAGGCACGAAAAAUCUGCAUGAAAUUCUUUCAGACAGAGAAACAAUUGCAACUUCGAUGCAGAGCGUAUUAGACGAAUGUACCGACGUUUGGGGAAUAAAAGUCGAACGUGUAGAAAUUAAGGAUGUAAGAUUGCCUGUCCAGCUGCAACGCGCAAUGGCAGCCGAAGCAGAAGCUGCACGAGAAGCCAGAGCCAAGGUAAUUGCUGCUGAAGGAGAACAAAAAUCAGCCAGGGCUUUGAAAGAAGCGGCUGAAGUUAUCACACAAUCUCCUGCUGCCUUACAAUUACGUUAUUUGCAGACUCUAAAUACAAUAUCAGCAGAGAAAAAUUCGACAAUUAUAUUCCCACUACCUAUUGAUUUCCUUAACCAUUUUGUUAAAAAUUAGACCACUUCAAAUGGCAUCGUCUUAAUCCCCUGAUUUUUUGUACAACAGAAAUUAUAUAUUAAAAAAAGAUAUAUAUAUAUAAAACCCAGCUUUUCUAAAAGUUUCUGUUAACAUAUCAGAAAUUGGAUAAGAAGAUACAGAAGAUCUAGAAAUAUUUUUAAAUAAUCGCUAAUAAUCCAAUAUAUAUAUAAACUUGUAUAUUUGCCUUUUCUCUGAAUCUGCAAAGAAAGUCUCUCAAAUGCAUUAUCUAUUUGAGAGGAUUUCGGUUUUGUAUUUAUAUAAAUACUGCUGUUGGAUUUCUUAAGAAAUAUUUAUACAUUUUAUGAAAAUGCCUUCUUUUGCAUUUUAAAAAUAUUAGAUUACACCUUAUAUGUAUGGAACAGUACAAUAUUUAUCGUUUGGCCAUUUUUUUUAAACCAAACACAUUCAUAGGCAUGUUUAAAGCCGUUAAUUGCUCAAUUUGUAAUAUUUAUGCUAUCGGUAUUUAUUCUAUUUAUAUCUAUUUUAAAUGGAAUAUAGAUAUAAAUAAAAUAUAUAAAUUUAUUUUAAAUUAAGAAUUGGUUAAAAGUAAAUUAAGCAUAAGCAUCGAAAUUGUAUUGAUGUGAAAUUAAAAAUCAAUAAAGAAAGGUAUGUAAAUUUUGAUUUUACUUUCACUAAUUGAUGCUAAUGCUUAGCAUUUUAUUCUUAUUUAUGAGAAUAUAUACAUUUAUAAUUAAAAUUUUCAACUACAUAUAUAUCUAAUACUAAAUACACACAUAUAUACAGUAUAUAUGUGUAUGUAUGUAGGUGUUUAGCAUUAGCAUCAAUUAGACCAUAAAAUUUCAUUAUGCAAAAUUUAUAUCAUUCAUUAUUGCUACUGUACAGAAAACAUUCAAGAUGAUGCAUUUUUUUUUUGUGUAUCCAGUGUAACUCGUGUAUCCUUAUUCUUUGUGUAUUUUAUACAAAUGUUUGUAUUUAUUUAUGGUGUUUCACUGAUAGAUGUCGUGCUUCAUGACGUACAAUAUAUUCAGUAUGAUAUAUUUAAUAAAAUUAUAUUCAC